AUGGCAGUCACCGCCGCCGCGACAAUAGGACGGGCACAGACUCGGUGGAAGUUUUCAAACUGGAGCUGACUUGGCGCCACGGUAGGCAACACAGCGAUGUAGCACCAUCGGGGGAAAACUCGUCUUGUCAUGGAAAUAAUUGCUACACUGUGCCUCUUUUGAAUUUUCGAAAACUUAUCAGGUAUCAUCAGGCUGUUUAGAUCCGUUUCGUUUGCCAGGUUUGUGCUGAAUCGGUUCCGUUAUAGAUUUAUUUUUUGCGCUGUAUGUUGUGCAUUUUAUGCAUGAUCAGCUCCAGUUUGAAGAGUUCCAAAUUGACGCUUCCAUAGACCACGUCGCACGAGCAGCUCGUGGUGGAGGUUAUGACAAAUAAAAAACGUUUCGUGUUGCGCAGCGACCGGCAAGGACAAAACUUGUGAUGCAAUUAUCAGACAUUGUUACAGCAACAUGCUCGGAGAAUUGGAGGUGGUGGCCGUGCUUCAUCUUCUCACUUUCGCCGUGUACAAUUUCGCAUGGAAGCAACAAGUUUUACGUCCUUGUCGGGCUCAAGAAAUGCCAAAAUUUCCUUUGCAUACCACCCGGCGUCGAUCCGGGUACAACUGCGGGCGGAGAUUACACAACCAGCCCAACCGACGCCGACCGGCACGUCCAGCGGCACCUUUUCGAGGAGCUCCCGAUUCCGGUCUGCCUGCACCACACCAGCGGGGUCGACCAGAUCCAACUACCACCCUCGCUUUUCCGGGUGAUCGAGGGGAAGCCCAAGGCGGUUGUGGUUCGCGAACAGGGAGAGUACAAAGCUGGUGCAAAAAGCGGUACAAACCUGAAAAGUAGUUCAUCAUCGGCUCCCGACAAAAACCCCCGCAACGUGAUUCUCAUGGUUUUCCUCUCCUUCAACACCCCGGAGUUCCGCGACUGUCCCGCGACCGUCCGCUUUUCAGCAGGAGCUUCGACGGUCAACAAAAGCAGCAAAUUAUCGGCGAAUCACGCGUUCGACGUCAUUCGCAUUGGUCUCCCGCUCCUGGCCC